CUGACACAGGUGGCAGCUCGCCGAGUUGGAUAGCUCCAACUUGUAACUCAAGCGAGGGCAUUAAUGUGGUGGAACAUGGUUUGCGCAUCCCUUGACUGGGCUUGAUACUGCAAAUGUUGGCCUGCCCGCUCCAAGUUGAGAGUUGAUCAACGGGGCCUGAGCGAAAGCUCGAGUCUCGUGGAUCCUAGACGGAAGGGCACCGCGUGAGGCUGGCUUCACAGAGCAGCGACUACUCUCGGCUCUCAACAGUGGAGGGAUAACAAGCCACCGCACAUCUAGUCCAAAAUGUCCAGUGAGCCUAACCUUUAACCACCGCUUUUUGGGACUUAGGUUUAUCUUCUUUCUCUCACUUUGCGUAUUCUUUCUCUGACCUAGUUUUUUACCGCAUGAGAUCAGAUGUUUAUGGGCAUGAUAUAGUUUAUCAUAAUUUAGGAAGUACCAACCUAAUUAUUUGUGUCAUAAUGCAAAUUGUAAUAUUUAAUUAUUUGUAUGACAACUGUUUCUGGUAAAACUUUGCAUCUUUUAUUAUAGGGAGACAAUAAUAGAGUUGAAGAAUGGAGAAGAAGAGUGAGAUGGAACAAGUCCCAAGAGUCAAACUGGGUAACCAAGGCUUAGAGGUGUCUAGGUUGGGAUUUGGAUGUGGAGGUUUAUCAGGAAUUUACAAUGCUCCCCUCUCACAUGAAGAUGGAUGUUCAAUUAUUAAGCAAGUAUUCAAUACAGGGGUUACUUUUUUUGAUACAUCAGAUCUUUAUGGACACAAACAUGAUAAUGAAAUCAUGGUUGGUAAGGCAUUAAAAGAACUUCCUCGAGAAAGAGUGCAAUUGGCUACGAAGUUUGGCGUUACUAUAUCUGAUGGGAUGGUUUUUGGGGUAAAAGGUACCCCUGAAUAUGUAAGGGAAUGCUGUGAAGCUAGUCUCAAGCGGCUUGAUGUCAAUUAUAUAGACUUAUAUUAUCAACACCGAGUUGACACUUCAGUUCCAAUUGAGGAUACCAUGGAGGAGCUCAAGCAACUGGUUAAUGAAGGAAAGAUAAGAUAUAUUGGGUUGUCAGAGGCUAAUGCCGACACUAUCAGGAGGGCACACGCAGUUCAUCCUAUUACCGCUUUACAAAUGGAGUAUUCCCUAUGGUCUCGUGACAUUGAAGAAGAAAUAAUUCCACUUUGCAGAGAAUUAGGCAUUGGAAUAGUCGCAUACAGCCCUCUUGGCCGUGGCUUUUUUGCUGGAAAGUCAGUUGUGGAGACCUUGCCUAGUCAGAGCUUGUUGAAUAUGCAUCCCAGGUUCACGGGAGAAAAUUUGGAAAAGAACAAGUCUUUCUAUGAAAGAAUCAAUGGCUUGGCUUUAAAGUAUGCAUGCACUCCUUCUCAAUUAGCCCUAGCAUGGCUUCUACAUCAGGGAAAUGACAUAGUCCCUAUCCCUGGGACUACUAAAUUGAAGAACUUUGAAAACAACAUUGGAUCUUUGAAUGUGAAGCUUACAGAAGAACAGUUGAGGGAAAUUUCUGAUGCAGUCCCUGUUGAGGAAAUUGCUGGUAAACGAGACUAUGGUAGUUUAUUGCAAUAUAUGUGGAAGUUUUCAACUACACCACCGCUAAAGUAAUUGCAUAGAGAGAAUCGUGCAAUCUUGUAUAAUAAACAAGGGUUUGUAUUUUUAUGACUGGACAAAAAUUGUCUGUUAUUUGCAUGUUUAUUAACACUAAUGUUCAAUAAUAGUAUUCC